UCAAAAUGGCCCGCAUGGCUCCUGGUUAUUCAAGUGCUUGGAGCCACAUUCACGGCUUCCGCUUUGAUCUGGUGUUUCUGUUGGCGUCAUCCCUGCCGCCAUCGGCACCUCAUGUUUGAACGGUUCUCUCGGUGGACCUCCCACCACUCCUUCGUUCUAUUACGUCCUCAAGAUGACUGUAGGCUCAUUAUGGUUGGCAUUACCGAAGAUGGAGGCCAUCUUGGCAAUGAUUUUGGCUCCGAUGUCGGAAUUCUCGAUGAUGUUGAUGAAUAUGUUCACGAAUACUUGGAAAAUGUCUCCAAGAUUCAUUCGAGAUCUUCUGUGACCGAGAGGCUAACUUUUAUUGAUAAAUCAUUUUCACAGGAAAAUCAGUCCGAUAUUCUAAAAAGCUGCUUAGAAUAUGCCAAACUUAAAAAUCAUGCUUCACAAGAACUUGCCAUUCAAGAGUUAACAGCUUUCCAAUUUACACGCUUUAAUGAAACUCAAGAUCUCAAGAAACGAUUAUCUUCCCUCUAUUCUGAAUGGCUCUCAGUGAAACCCAUUUUUUCUGAUUUUGCUUCCGUUUGUGAGAAUCCACCUAAAAUAACUGCGACGGAUUUAAAAGAUCCUUCUAUGUCUCUGUCUGAAUUGCUGAAAAUGUCUGGUGAGAUAUUCACUUCAGUUCAAAAGUUUCUGUUCCGGUAUAAUGGCGCUGAAAGUGAAAUUUCAUCCGAUUUAUUAUGGUGUUGUAAUUCGAUAAAUCGAUUGAUUGAGUCAGAGAAAUUUGCAGAUAUGAAGAAGAUGGAUGUAAGCACUGAAACAAUCUCAUCUAAAUUGGAUAUUAUCAUUAAUAAACUUAGUGAAGCUAUUGCUGAAUCUGCUGAUACAUUUUUUUUAGCUCUUUCAGCUAAUCAAAUUGACAAGAAAACCUCGGAGGAAGCUAAUUUGGGAGCGCAAAUACUACCGACGAAAUCCUUUUCAGACGAGGCUACUGAGCCUACCGUAUUUGAAGCAAAAGAUGAAGUGCAUCUUACUGAACUUGUCAAUCAGUCCGAAGAAAGUGGUCCUGGUUCAAUCCUCAAAAGUCCUCUCACCUUUGAGAUUUACCAUUGCAAUGAUCCAGUUAUUGAUCCAGAAGCCGAGUUUAUCGGCGACGAAAUGCCUGCCAAAUCCAUUCUGAAGCUCCCUAGUUUCAGUUUUUCACCAGAGAACUCCAAUUUCACCGACGACGGUAAGUUGCACGAUGUCUAUUUCCUUCGCGUUUGA